GCCGCCGGCCUCCCGGUGUGCCCAUGAUCGCCCGGUGCCGCUCGGCGGUUCGCGGCCUCCACAGAGUUGGUGGUUCCAGGAUUUUCCUCAGAAUGACUUUGGGAAGAGACGUGACAUCUCCUCUCCAGGCAAUGUCUUCCUACACUGCAGCUGGCAGAAAUAUUCUAAGAUGGGAUCUUUCACCAGAGCAAAUUAAAACAAGGACUGAGGAGCUCAUCAUGCAGACCAAGCAGGUGUAUGACACAGUUGGAAUGCUGGACGUAGAGGAAGUAACUUACGAGAACUGUUUGCAGGUGCUGGCAGACGUGGAAGUGAAGUAUAUAGUGGAAAGAACCAUGCUGGACUUCCCCCAACAUGUGUCCUCUGACAGAGAAGUAAGGGCAGCAAGCACGGAAGCAGACAAGAGGCUUUCUCGGUUUGAUAUUGAGAUGAGCAUGAGAGAAGAUAUAUUUAGAAGAAUUGUUCAUUUACAGGAAAACUGUGAUUUGGAGAAGAUAAAACCUGAAGCCAGGCGAUACUUGGAAAAGUCAAUUAAAAUGGGAAAAAGGAAUGGGCUUCAUCUUCCAGAACAAGUACAAAAUGAAAUCAAAUCAAUGAAGAAAAGAAUGAGUGAGCUAUGCAUUGACUUCAACAAAAACCUCAAUGAGGAUGAUACCUUCCUUGUAUUUUCUAAGGCUGAACUUGGUGCUCUUCCUGAUGAUUUCAUUGACACUUUAGAAAAGACAGUUGAUGACAAGUAUAAAAUAACCUUAAAAUAUCCACACUAUUUUCCUGUCAUGAAGAAAUGUUGUGUCCCUGAAACAAGAAGGAAGAUGGAAAUGGCUUUUAAUACAAGGUGCAAAGAGGAAAACACAGUAAUUCUGCAGCAGCUACUCCCAUUGCGGGCCCAGGUGGCCAAACUGCUCGGCUACAACACUCAUGCUGACUUUGUCCUAGAACUGAACACUGCCAAGAGCACAAGCCACGUGACAGCCUUUCUAGAUGAUUUAAGCCAGAAACUAAAACCAUUGGGUGAGGCAGAACGAGAGUUUAUUUUGAAUUUGAAGAAAAAAGAAUGUGAAGAGAAAGGUUUUGACUACGAUGGGAAAAUCAAUGCCUGGGACCUGCCCUACUACAUGACUCAGACAGAGGAGCUCAAGUACUGCAUAGACCAAGAGUUCCUCAAAGAAUACUUUCCCAUUGAGGUGGUCACCGAAGGCUUGCUGAAUAUCUACCAGGAGCUGUUGGGACUUUCAUUCGAGCAAGUGACAGAUGCUCAUGUUUGGAAUAACAGUGUUACACUUUACACCGUGAAGGAUAAAGUUACAGGAGAAGUGUUGGGACAGUUCUACUUGGACCUCUACCCAAGGGAAGGAAAGUACAAUCAUGCAGCCUGCUUUGGUCUCCAGCCGGGCUGCCUUCUCCCGGAUGGCAGCCGCAUGAUGUCUGUGGCUGCCCUCGUGGUGAACUUCUCCCAGCCAGCAGCAGGUCGGCCCUCACUCCUGAGACACGACGAGGUGAGGACUUACUUCCAUGAGUUUGGCCACGUCAUGCAUCAGAUUUGUGCACAGACCGAUUUUGCACGAUUUAGUGGAACAAACGUGGAAACUGACUUUGUAGAAGUUCCAUCACAAAUGCUUGAAAACUGGGUAUGGGACAUUGAUUCCCUGCGAAGACUAUCGAAACACUACAGAGACGGAAGCUCUAUUGCAGAUGACCUGCUGGAAAAGCUUGUUGCUUCUAGACUGGUCAACACAGGUCUUCUGACCCUACGCCAGAUUGUUUUGAGCAAAGUUGAUCAGUCUCUUCACACCAACACCUCACUUGACGCUGCGAGUGAAUAUGCUAAAUACUGCACAGAAGUCUUGGGUGUUGCAGCUACUCCAGGCACAAAUAUGCCAGCUACUUUUGGACACUUGGCAGGGGGCUAUGAUGGCCAAUAUUACGGAUAUCUUUGGAGUGAAGUAUUUUCCAUGGACAUGUUUUACAGCUGUUUUAAAAAAGAAGGAAUAAUGAAUCCAGAGGUUGGAAUGAAAUACAGAAACCUAAUCCUGAAACCUGGAGGAUCUCUGGACGGCAUGGAUAUGCUCCAGAAUUUCUUGAAACGUGAGCCAAGCCAAAAAGCGUUCCUAAUGAGUCGAGGCCUGCGUGCUCCGGAAACGGGGGGUCUUUGAUAGCAGCUCACAUCUGGAGGACCAGCCAACAGCGCCGUGUGCUACCAGCCUGGAAACUGAAGGGAGACUUGCAAAUAAAAACCUAGACUUGCUUUUGUUUUUAAAUUUUAAAAAUUAAUACAAAUGUAAAUGAAAUUAUAAAUACCAUGACCCAAGAAAAGAUCUACUGGAAAAUAAUUGUACUAUACAAUUUCAUAAAAAUGGAUUUGAUUUCUUUUGAUAAAAAUUUCAUAUGAAUGUAAUUUGAUUUUUUUACUAUUAUAAUCUAGAGAAUAUAA